CAGUCAAGGUGUCCAUGUGAACCAGGAAGGCAGGUGUAUGAUUGUUUGCGUACAGAAUAUCAGGGGAGAGGGGAGACAGAUACUGUGCACCUGAUUUCACCAGGACAUGUCUAAGGGUAGAAGCAACUUCUCUGCUCUCUCCAGGUUGGCUCAGCAGUGGAGUGAAGAUGAUGAACAGGAACAAAUCAGAGAAAGGAGGAGGAGAAAUCGUAUUAUGGAAAACUCAGAUAAGGAUGUCAAAGAAUCAACUAAAGAUAACAGCAGUUCCUGCUUUUCGCAAGGGUCUUUAGACACUAGUAAUAAAGACAAGAACUCAUUAAUUAAAAGUAAAGAGGGACAACAGACCAAUAAAGAGAAGAAAGAAGAAAAACAGGCACCCAAAAGCCAACCAGCAGAGAGCCAGGGGUCAGUGAACAAAAAGGAAGAGUUCAAUGGACUUGGAAACCAAAUAGAAAAAAGUAAGAUAAACCAAAAAGAAGAAAUUAAUGCAACUGUUAAAGCAAUACAAGAAAAACAUGUUACCAGCAGCAAAGAGGAAGAGAGUAAGAACUUGGGCAGUAGAAGAGAAGAAGAACAAAUACCUAGCAGACAUAAAGAUGAGACUACGGCUUCCAAGAAUCUGAAGCAAGAUGCUGGAGAGAAGACAGAAGCAAAUCAUGAGUUUAUAAGUCAAAGCAAAGACUGUAAAGGUCCAGAUGAUCAGACAGAGGAAUGCAAGAAGCCACAAAGUCAGCAAAAUGUAAUCCAAAAACUUAGUAUUAGAAAAGGAGAAAAUCCGAAAAACCAAAGUCCUGAAUCAGGGGAUAAGAAAAUGCAAAGGACAGUAAUAAAGGUUCAGAGUACUAGCAAAUCAUCAGGGGAGCAGAGAGCUGACAGACCUCCCAGUAUAACUAGUAUCUCCAGUGCCAUGGUGAAUGUUACCCCUACAGACACUGCAGAAUCAUGUAGCAGCACAGUAACCAUCCCCAACACUGACAGCACCUCCAAGUUCAAAAGUCAGGUGUUUGUAAGCUCUGUAAAGAUAGCACGGAAGCCAAGUACGAGUGAUAUGGUUGGAGGACAGCAGGUACUAAGUCCCCCACCUGUCACAGACAGAACAGAGGAAAGUGCCCCCACAGUUACCAGAACACUGAAAAAAAUUGAAAUGCAGAUUCCCCCAACAAACUAUACACAUGUGAACACUAAAGAGGAUGAACUUCACAAGUCUCCACCUGCCACAUCCCCACUUAAACGGUGUAGUCCCCAGACCAGCUCUUUUCGAAUAGCGUCUCAGAGUGAGGACCAGGCAGACAGUGGUUUGAUGCGCAGUUCUAGUCUCAGAUUUUCUCUCCGGAGUCGAAAGUUGGGGGAUCGAAUGGAAAAAUAUGCAUCAGCUAUCCAGAGGUCGGAAAGUGUUAGAGUAACUUCCCAUAGUCGAGGUGUCCUUGGGCCAUCAACUGGCAUCGCUAGCAAAAAAACUAUCUUUGAAAAGGAUGAAAAUGCUUCAGAAACAAAUAUCUCCAAUACCAAGAAGGAUUUAAACAUUCCGGUUAAAAUUGCUGACCGAAUCAAUCAGUGGAAGUCGAGUAGGACACAAGAGGGUACAGACGUCAGCACAGGAAACAAGGAUAUCAGGACGGGUGAUGUGGCCAGCAAGAGGAAUUUAUGGCAGCAAAGGUCUCAAUCAUCAAGUGACACUAAGCUCUGAUCUACCAUGAAGUUUUCUGGAAAAACAUGCAGUGCCACAGCAUCUGUGCCAACACGAUGAAGCAGAUUUUUUCUAAUUAUAUUGAUACUGCACUCAGAAAGUAGAAAUCCUUGACCAAUAUCAGAUUGUUUUAUUAUUUAGCAUAUGCCAUUCAUCUCAUUGCAGCAAACUGAUUAUAUAGUUCUCUGUCACUCAAAGUAAUUACUUGUCAAAAUAAUUCUAUUACAUAAAAAUAUUGAAAUAAAAUAAAAAUCUUUACAUUUUU